UUCAAGACCAAAUCGAAUACUUAUUAUUUUAUUUAUUUAUUUGCAUUUGUGUCAAGUUGUGCAUUCUUCAUUUCAGUCAUCUUCCAAACUCGAACCACCGCCGUCUCUCUCCGCCGCUGCCACCUCACCUCCGGCAGCCUCAACAGAUGACAUUGAAAAACCUUGAUUUGGCAGAGUGAUGGAAGUGAAAGAGAAAUUGGGUCAUUACAAAGUUGGGUCUUUGCCAACUCUGUUUUAUGUUCCUGACUUCAUCACAGAGAGUGACCAAAGCCUUCUUCUCAACAACGUAAUUUAUGGAGCCCCUGCAUCAAAGUGGAAGUCGUUGAAGAAUAGAAGGCUACAGAAUUGGGGUGGCGUUGUCCAUGAGAAGGGCCUUCUACCUCAAGUUUUGCCUCCAUGGUUAACAAAUCUCACACAAAAAAUAUAUGAAGAAUCUGGGCUAUUCCCAUCAGCAAUGAAUCACGUUCUUAUCAAUGAAUACCUACCUAACCAAGGCAUAAUGCCACACCAAGAUGGGCCUGCAUAUUUUCCAGUAGUAGCUAUUCUUUCACUUGGAUCUCCAGUUGUCAUGGACUUCACUCCUCAUGCCAGAUUCAAACUGGAUUCCCAAGACGAUAUUGACAAAAAUUCAGAUGGAGGAACUUUUGAGAUUGAGAAAGAUAAGUGGCUUGAUGAUCACCACCCAUUCUCAGUUCUAUUGAUGCCACGCAGUUUACUGAUAUUCAAGGACAAAGCAUACUCAGAUUACUUGCAUGGCAUAAAAGAUUGCAUGGUACAUUGCUAUGAUGGGGCUGUAAAUGAAACUGAGGCUUUGAAACACAAGGAAUCAAAUGGAGACUUGAUUAGCUCAAAGGAUGCAUCGGAAACAAUAGGAAAGGAAGAGCAUAAGAAUAUAUCGAGAACAUCGAAUAGAAUUUCAUUGACUUGUCGAUUGGUACCAAAAGUUCACAAAAAUUUGUUUAGGUUUUAAAAUUAUAUGUUUCAUUGUAUCCCAUUCCAUCUAAAGUUCAACUCUGAUCUAUUUUCUGCUUUUUCUCCUCCUUCUUGGGGGCUGAAUGAAUAGUUUGAUUUAUAUAA